GCCCGUCAGGCUGUGCAGUGCUCCGCGGUGCCGCGAUGAUCAUGCAUGCCGCUGCCGGGAUGCCGGAACCUGGUCGUGGUGCUCUUCGCGAUGCUCCUUCUCCUUCUGGUCGCCGCCUCGCCGAAGGCGCGCGCUGCUCCGGCGGCGGCGUCAUCGCGCAGCGUCGACGCCAGCGCCGAAGAUUCCGACGACAACGCGAGCAGCGACAGCUCGCAGGAGACGACGGUGCGCCGGCUGCGACACGGACGGGCGCGUGCCGCCGCGAUCGCUGCUAGUGCGGACGCCGAUGAACUGGGCGAAGGCUCCUCCUCGUCCGAGGAGCAGGACAGUGGUGGUGGAGGGAUGGUGGCCGACGACCCGAGCGACGCCAACGAGGCCGUCAAGCACCCGCGCGGCACGAGCCGCUACCUGCAGCUCUACUGCCGCACCGGAUACAACCUGGUCAUCCACGCCAACGGGAAGGUCAACGGGACCAGGGAGGACCGGAACCGAUACGCCGUCCUGGAGAUGAACGCAGUGGCGGUGAAGCUGUACAGUAUUCGCGGAGUCGCCAGCAAACGCUACCUCUGCAUGAACCGCAAGGGACAGCUCUCUGGACAGAAGCGCCGCUCGGAGAAGUGCAUCUUCCAGCUGACCGAGCUGCCCAACUCGUACACCACCUUCUCGUCGAUGCGCUAUUCGCGCGGCACCCGCUGGCGGUGGUACCUGUCCAUCGGCAAGAACGGACACGUCAAGAGGGGUCGCCGGCCGCGACAGAAGGGCACAAACUUCCUGCCCAGGAGCGUCAAGGACUUCAAGCCCUGAGUCCCGCAGACGAGGAGCCGCAGGUCGUCAUCCUGCGUUACUGCGUUAUACAGAGCAGCCCAGCAGUCGUCGUUCUCUCCCAAGACUUCCGAGGCCUCUCCGCCAACGGCGCGACAGUCGGCAUGGCUGUUGCCUCGUGCCACGUGACACACAACGUCGCCGGUGGCAGCACCAGAGUGAAAAGCCGGUCCCAUCGGACUAAUUCUGCUGCAGUGCCGUUGCUUACGUCUUCGAGAUCGACAACGACAUAUUUCGACGUUGCGUGCCGUCUAAUAGGUUCCGGCGGCCGGCAGGAUCGCCGCUGGAUGGCCUUCCAGCAGUGGUAGCCGUGACCUGCCCGCUCGCACUUGGCCGACGCGUCUUCCUGCACUGUUUGCGCGUUCCACAGCGGUGCUUUCUCCAAUGUCACUGCCUCGUCCCGCGCAUGCUGUUCAACGCGGGUUCUUCAUUUUGCUAGCACAAGAACUACAGUCGUGCGUUUCACACUUCACCGCUUUGUUCUCUCGCGGUGCGCUCACUAGCGCACGAUAAUAUCGUUGACGAACGCAGAAAUGAAUGCACUGCUGCAGCUCUUGUUCUAGUACGAAGGAAAAAAAACCGCAGUGGGAGGCGCUCCAUAUGAUCAAGUGGCUCCUAGAAACUUUAUGGUCCUACGAAGCUGCUCGGUUCGUAUAUGCCGAAUGCGUGUGGUUUUGGUUUACUGGUGUCCUCCGGAAUUGCUAUGAACGAAAUCCUGGCUAGUGGCUGGCACCGAGUCAUAACAGCGAAAACUGACUGCACACUUUAUCUGUUAUUACGUUGUGGGUCUGUGUUCGAUUGGUAGAAGGCAACGAAUGUUCGCAAAGUCGUCUAAAUUCUAUCAGUACGAACAAGGUCAUGUCCCUAGUUUGGAGCAUAGAAGUACUUUUGGCUUCUAGAUGUUCACAUCCGAAAAGCAUGUGAACAGCCUGCAUUUAUUUAGUUGGGAGCAUAUGCCUGUGUAACUUGUUUUGCUCUCUAGAUAAAGUAAAAAAAAUUCUGCAAUGAACGACACUCUGUUUGUUGGCGGGCGCUAUAUACUGGGACAUCCACGCUGUUUGGCUUGCUGGAUUCAACGCAGUGCUAAUGUCUGGACUGUAUGUACCCAUCUACGACGCUUGGAGACCAUCGCAAAGUGGAGUGGACCGUGUAUGCUUGUGGAACGAACUAAGGCUGUGUUAUCUCGAGUUGCUACAGCAUCGCGUAUGUGCAUGUUGUUGUGGUUUUUUUUCCCCCUUUUUAUCUUUAUGUGAAGCAUGCAAAGCUGUUCGCAGUCGUGAAAGAGGACGUUGGUGACCCCACAAGGGUAGUAUUGUUACUCGAGGAGUUGUGACAACGUGCCGAUGCAAUGUGCACUACUGAAGUGUGCGCUUUGUGAUGUUUACGCUAGCUUCGCAACACUGACUACGCGAAGAUCUACAUUUUUCCUAAAAAGAAGGAGUGCUUUCAUGUGGCGUCAGGCGAGCCGGGUCGUGUGCCAUUCACAACGUCAAUGUUUUCUCAUAACGGCGACGCAAUGAAAGGACAGUUCGCUUAUUUCGUCCUCAGACGUGAUCCCGCACAAACAAGAGGGCGCGCCGAGUCGUUAGGUAUUAGAGUCCCUUUACACGAGAGCCAUAUGCAGGAACAUUAUUCGGUACCAUGCCUGAGUGCAUGCCGUGGUCCACGGGUUUCGCUUCGUCGUCCGUGAACACUCCCUCGUUCAAGGGAGUGUUCACACUCCCUUGAACGGGAGUGUGAACACUCGGUACCACUUAAUGUGGUCGUCUCGCUGCAGGCACCAAUAUACUGAGCUACUGCUAGCCAUGCAUUUUGAUUCUUUUCUACUGCCAUAGCUAGAAAUAGUAGUUUAAGCACUGUAAUUUCUUUUUUUUUAUUGUAUAUACAGGUUGCGAGGCAUGCCUUAUGACGAAUGAAGAAGUGGCGUCUAAAAUGGGUUUUGUUGCUGUUCAGAUUCCGCCUUUCUUUUUUACAUGUGUGUGCGCAGGUACACGUUCGAACAUUUCUCGCAUUUCUGUCCCUUUCGACGUUCCUGUGCGUAGUAAGGUGCAGGAGCGCUGGCGCUAGCAAGAGUUCAAAAGAUCUGAAAGAUGAAAAGCACGCGAUUGUUUAUAUACAACGCGGGGCAUCAACACUCCGAGCCUCGCUCUCCUCUGUUACUUUUCUUUUUCUUUUAUCUCUUUCUUUUUCUCAGUUAAACAAGCGAAAUACCUUCCUCUUAUAUGCGCUGUGUAAAUGUUCUGAGAGCUGUAGUAAGGUUCCAACAUGUACUGUUUACUAACUGAAAGUUUAAAACAACUACGUUGUUAGGUGCUCACUUGGUAUCCUUCGUAAAUUAAAAUCUUACUUAUUCCUCGUUAUCUGUUCUUUCCCAGUUGAGCAGAGGUUCCCCAGUCGGAAAUUAAUAUACGUGGUCCAGUACGACGGGGCAGUUUUAGCGACAAAUAUUUGUCAUCUCUGAUACACUGAUCCCGGCUCCACGCAUCUUUGAUAUGUUCAACAAUUCGACGGUUGUUCUAUACUAUUUAUUUUGUGCUCAUUCCUUGCAUUGAAAACAUGUAUCUGAUCACUAUUCUGAGUCCGGAAGCGAUUUACUUGUUGCGCAAUUAUUUGUCCCGAGUUCUCGGUAAGCGUCUGAAGUAACAUCACCCGAUCAAACUUCAUCUGCUUUUCUAAAAGACUCUGUUCUUCAACUAAACUAAAAACGCUUCCACCACGAAUGCCUUUUGUACUCGUUAUUUAUUAACAUCAUUUCACUGGCAGCAUUGCCUCUAAGAAAAAAAAUAGCAUCCGCUGCCUUCGCUCAUUUUUCUAAUGCAUCGUUUCUCAUACAAAGAAAAGUAUUUAUCACAUCGCAUGCCAGGCGAUGAACGCGUUCCUAACCAAAGGCUCCGACACUUUAUCUCAACAGAGCAGCAGCACCUCGCACGCAUCAAAUUACAAGGACAACUUCCCUACAAAUUAUUUAUUUGCUGGCUUUUCAUAAACAGCGAACUGAAUAUAAAAGACGAAUUCUGUAAUGUGUCAGAGAAACCAUUCGAUUAGCUUCUCCGUAAAGCCAGCGAAGAGUAUAGGCAAGCUAAUCUUUUCUUCCAUUUCGUAUAGUUAAUUUCCUUAGCUAUACUCUAAAGGUUUCGUCUAUAUUUCCUAUGUACGGGCACUUGCAACGACAAAGCUAUUGCAAGUAUAGAGGCAUUUAGGAAGUCCCCAACCCAGGGACGUCGCACGCAGUCAAUCCUUACCUACCUCACUAGCUUGUGUCGGCCUUGUUUAUCUAUUACUGUGCAGUGCCUAGUAUACAGUAGUCCUUGCGACGGGCGUAUGCUGUCCAGCGCAGCACACCUGCUUUGCAGCACCGAGUCUUGUCCCUCCCGUUUUUAGACUUAGCAAAGUAGCUCAUUGCUUUACCGCAAAGCGCAAUUGCAUUACAACUCACUUCGUACUCAGGACAUAACUCGGCAGCCAUAGAUUUUUUUCUUUAAGCUAUGCCCCGAGGAAUACAACGCAGCAUUGAGAGCGAUACAUUUUGAAGCACGCAGCUGCUGAAGGAAAUAAAUUUAAACUCAAGGAAAGGCAAGCAAACACACCACAUCGGCAGAUGAGAAGAACACGUAGUGUCAAAACGCAUAGCACAAACAAUUUGGAAGGCAAAGAACGUUGGUACUGAACGCUGAAAUACGAAAGCGAUAGCUGUAAUUUUACUUAAGCGCUAGUGGACGACAAAUGAAGACGCUCGUCUAUAAAAUCAAAGCCUUCUCUUUUUUCUUUCUGGUCUUUAGAAAGUGUAGACCUUCAGCGAAAUUUUAGGUGUGUUUGCCGUCCUUGGGUGCGAGAGCCGGAUCACACUUAAGUUUCCCAGGAAACAGGAAUACGCACAGAGCCGCCGAAUAAGUUAACAUGGUAACUGUAAUUCUGAGAAGAACAGCAAAUUAAGCGCGAUAACGUCUUCUCCCAACUCAUCGCGAUGAGAAAACAAACGUUGGAUGCAGAUUUAUCACUGAAAGUAUAGCAGAAAACGUCGUCAAACAUGAUUGUGAAACGUCGGAAGUUCUAAACUGCAUGUGUUAAAAAAAUAAUAAUAAAAAAACUUGCGCUGGUACGAAGCUCUGCUGUUAGUCCCCCUUUUGCAAUAAACUUACUCAGCCUCCGAUGCCGUCUUUUCUUACGUGUAAAAGGCCCGAGAUGCCGUUAUAGAAGCUUUGACUAUUCUGUACCUCAAAAGUUGCAGUGACGUUAUUGACAGUCUUGACGACACGCAGUUACAACGUCACAACGAAAAGAAUAACAAUAAAGAACACAUCACGAGAUUCGACAACACACGAUGAUCAGCGGGAGCUGUCGCAGUUCUGAUGGAUUUAAACGUGUUCAUGGUGUGCCGAGCUUGUAACAAAAAAAAAUUCUUUCACGAAAAAAGCAUAAACGAUAUGCUUACUUAAGAUUUGAAGGCGACAAGCGUCCUCUGGCUUUAAUUUGAUAGUAGCGCAACAAUUUAUUUGCAGACGUGCCACUUUUGGCUGGUAUGCACCUGCGAGCAAUACUCAGGUAACGUCAUCGCAUCUUUUUCCCACAUAUUUUACUCCAUGUAAGAAUCGUGACGCGUAUUUAAUUCCCUAGUAAUCGAGCUUGCAUCCUUUCAUUAACCAUGAGCUUUUCGAAUCUUACUGCCAUUUUCUGCGUUCUACAGCGAGUGCAGCUUAGUUUUGCUGCUUUGUAAAUGUUCUGAACGUAUUUGACAAGUUUGUGAGCGCAAGUUGAGCCAGUUUUAUGCGAGUGCAGUGUGAAAUGUACAGUGAAAAAGAAAAUCGCACAGCGAGUGCAACAAGAUGACGCCUACAUCACCUUCAGUGUGCUUGUGCUGCACCGUGCACUCCCCAUGUGUUCCUUUCUAGUUCCGAAACCGGUCGUGGUGAGGCGCCCUUAAAGGGACGCUAAGUAGAAACACUGAAUCAAAUCACACUUAUAAAACAUUAUUUGAAAAGUAUAUUUUUGUUAAUUUAACUGUGAAAAGUCGAUCAUUAGAAGAUAAAAUGAAUGCCAAACUUCCAUUUCUUGAAUUUCGCAGCUACGUCAGUGUGACGUCACGUAUCUCAAGGUAUUUUCAGGUAUUUGGAUCGUUGUCGAGCAGUGACUGUUCUCUAAACUUGCUUACAGACAUCUGGCUCUUUCAGAAUACGAUGAAGUACAUCUUUGCAAUAACUUGGCUCGCCGUCAAAAUCAAUGACGUCACGGCGAACUAUUGCGGAAACUUCAAGCCGGCGUCGCCGCCCACCUUACGUUUCAUAGCUUACCAAGCCUGCUCUAACCCUCUGGAUGGCUUUGUUGGUAUUAUAGAAAUGUAAUUUACUCAUAAGGCUUGAACUACUCGUCUAUUUAGAGUCCCUUUACCGCAUCACGAAGAUUGGACCUUCUCUUUAUGUCUGCUAUUCGAAUUUUGGCUGUGGUAGUGAGCGCCGUGUACGCGUACGUGUUCAGCCGAACAACCAUUUUCCUUUUUUUUUCUGCACGUCGUAGCUUUGCCGCCAGUAAAAACUGGCUAUUCAGCGGACCAAUACUGGAAGGCGGACGAAAAGCACACGUUCGGGCCGGCUUCAAAUCUAUUGUGUCUGUAGUCGGCGAGAGUUCUCCGUGCUACAGUGUUGCUAGAAGCACCGCAAUCUGAUAUAUAUUCGACCAUCUAUACCCAGAGCGGCCCGCUUACUGCAAGCCAGAAAUGUAUGCCAUUUGGGAAAAAAAUGCCCGACUAAAAUGUACCAAAUCACAGGAGGAGUUUAGAACCUAAUCGUGAUACAGUUGACCUUUAUAACGAAGUGCCAACAUGGGGCCUCCGUAAUCAUUCGUUAUACAGGUCGCUUCGUUGCAGAGGUCGUGCACUGCAGCUCACAAUGGAGGCGGGAUAGAAUUAUUGCUUCGUUACGCAGGUCAUUUCGUUGCAGAGGCGUUCUUGUUGAGGCGCUUGACAGUACCCAGUACUGAUCGUAUCAAUGGACGAUAACACCUGCCGUAGCUUGGCGCGAACAAAAGAUCCACGCUAUUGGCAUUCGAUGGUGAGUUUGGCAGCAUACUCGAUGAGCUGUAAAUAUUAUGUGAAGCAAUAAAUCAAAAUAAAAUUGAAGUGCACGGUAGGUGGCUAAAAAGGAACUUCAUUAUGCGAAGUGAGCUUUAGGAAAAGCUAUAGAACAUGAGUGUCAUAGGCUGGAAAUGCGACUGAGAUGUAUUUUUAGAAUUUUACAACUGAGGGGCUUCCGAUGAACGAGUGAUGAGCGUGUGUGAGAGGGGACGUGUCAGUGCAGUCUUCGUCACGUUUUCCACGGUCCCUCGCAGAUGGCGACAUUGGAGCGUUAGUUUUGUACGGCUUUGUCCCCGCUCGACUCCAUCGACAACAUACGUUCUUUAGGUCAAUAACAGUGUGUCAGGAGCACUCUCACCAGAUGCUUAAGCAUGAAAAAUGUCAAAACUCUAACCAUCCUAUCGUGGCGAAGGCCGCAGUGACAAACUGUACAGCACAUUUAAAGAGAUGGCUAUGCAGCCUCACAGCAAUGGCCUGCAACCAACGAUGGAUAUAUGAAAGGCGUGUUUUCACUUUUGUACUUUUAUACCUUUCUACCAGCUUGUUGCUAUUCGCCGUUGGUGAUAGCACAGAACCAGUACCCGCACUAGAAGUACACAGUUGAACGUACGCGACAGGUUGCUCCUAAAAGAAGAUUUUGAUCCUCUGAGACUUCUACUCGGACAGAAUUACGAAGUGGAACACAGACAAGGCGUGUCACCAGCCGUGAGCGAGUUGCACGCUAGUUGUGCACAGCAGCAAACUUUUCACAGUCACGUGGUCGCGAUUUAAUUUUUUUCCCUGUUGUACGCAAGUUGUACGCUCGGACGCUGCCGCAAUAGCGGCUUUGUCCCUAUUUCUCGUCGUGCGUUCAUAUCUAGGCUCAUAGCUUUAAGUGUAGAUAGUCUAUAUAAAUAUAUAUAUACCAACCUCGCUCAUCAAAUGUAAAGCAUGCACAUGUCUUGUACAUAUACUAGUUAUUGUUUCAUAUGGUACCCAUGUGUUGUUUUCUCCUCGUGUUUUACAUUGAAGUUUGCCACCGUUCUCAAUCAAGAAAGAAAGGCGUACACAUACAAUGUGUCGUCGACACUAAUGUCUGUCAAUAGAGACUAAUUUUUUGUGCAUUGGAAAGGGAAAUCGAUUUUUACGGGUACGCAUCCGUCCCGCAGUGCGAUGCAUCUGACAUCUGGUGUGGACAUUGAAACUGUGUCACCAAACUUAUUUAAGGGCCGCAUUCGCAAACCACAGGAAUCGAAAGCACUUUGGGCCACCCGAACGGUGAUGAAAAUAAUAUUCAUAUGCCAAAAACGGGUGGCAGGCUUCGACAAAUCGUCACAAAAUUGCCACUUCAGCACGUUCACCCUUCCUUAAAUUGCACCACUUUCUUCCCCCACAUCAAGCACACAAUGGUAUAGUUGUUACUGUAGCAUAGAUGUGCAUGUAGUGAUGCAUCAGAUUUUUUAAUUCGUUUAUAUUGUGUUCACAUACUGAUAUAAUAGUAUUGUAUGAAAUUUGUGUUCUUUGUCCUUGUGUACAAGACGUGCUGUAGAACUCUUGCAAGCCUUGCAGUGGAAACUCCUACGAAAUAAACAUCUCUUAAUUCUUUCGCAACUGCA